AUGAUGACAAGCAAGUUUAAAGCGAACUAUUCCAGCAACGCAGAGGCUAAUCCCAAGAGUGGUUUUGAGACAGUAGUUCUUGCAAACUGCAUCCUCAAUGCACCUUUGAUGUUACUAUCAAUCAUUGGUAACGCUCUUCUGUUAGUCGCCAUAAUGAGGACGCCAUCAAUUCGUUCACCGUCUGUCAUUUUUCUCUGCAAUUUGGCUGUUUCAGAUCUUCUUGUGGGAUUGGUGGUACAACCAGCUUAUAUAGCAGAACAAAUAGUGAGAACCGUCCCAGCACUACAAAAAGCAGUAGGAGCAAUGGGAUUUGUUGGGUGCGGUGUCUCUCUUUGCACGAUGACAGCCAUAACAGUGGAUCGUUUCUUAGCUCUCCACUAUCACCUGCAGUACCCAAAUUUAAUGACAACAAGCCGGGCAAUCUAUACAAUAAUAACUAUUUGGUGUAUUAUCACGUUGUUCUCUUUUUCAAUUCUUUGGUCGCUGAGUAUUUAUUAUUUUUUGCAACGUUUUGUAUCACAAUUUGCCUUUUAGUUUGCUUGGUUUGUUUCAUCAAGAUUUACCGAAUUGCACGUCGGCAUCAGUUGCAAAUUCACGUUCAACAACAAGUAGUGGAAAAUUCAACUGACACACAUAAACAGCAAAUACGACAAUCAACUAAGAGUGCAAAAAAUAUGUUUAUAUAUUUCCUAACAAUGAUUUUAUGUUACUCUCCAUUUUCAAUUGUUGUAAUUAUUUCAGGUUUUACUAGUUUAGAUCUACAAGUUAUACGGACUUUCCCAGUCACUGUAGCAUUCAUGAACUCUUCCAUCAAUCCAUUUUUGUAUUGUUGGCGUAUGACCGAGCUCAGAACGGCAGUUUUCAAAACAGCGAAGCUUUUUUCUUGUAGACAAACGAAUGAAAGAGUUCUAACCUAG